AUGUUGAUUUCCUGGAAAUCAGGAUCUUGUUUCCGAAAGCCCUUAGAGUUAUUCAAGAUGGAACACAAGGAGGCGGGUUGCCAGCAGCCGGAGGGCCCAAUCCUAUGCGUUAAUAACUGUGGCUUCUUUGGCAGCGCCGCGACCAUGAACAUGUGCUCCAAGUGCCACAAGGAGAUGGUCAUGAAGGAGGAGCAGGCCAAGCUGGCUGCCUCCUCCUUCGAUAGCAUCGUCAACGGUGGCGAUGGUGGGAAAGCACCUGUUGUUGCGGCUGUUGCUGCGAGCGCGGAGGUGGUGGUUGCUCAAGUUGACGUGAAGGCGCUCGUUGUGCAGCCUGCUGCUGAUGUUGCAGGCACCAGCGAAGCUGUUGCCGUGAGCCCCAAGAGGAAGGAGGGGCCCAAUCGGUGCUCAACUUGCAGGAAGAGGGUUGGGCUGACGGGAUUCAACUGCCGAUGUGGUAACAUGUACUGUUCACUGCAUCGCUAUUCCGACAAGCAUGACUGCCAGUUCGACUACCGGACUGCAGCUAGGGAUGCCAUCGCCAAGGCCAACCCGGUGGUGAAGGCAGAGAAGCUCGACAAGAUUUAG